UCCGACUUUUGCGAGGCUCUUGCAACCAUGAAGAACCUGACUUGGCUGCUUCUUACGAACAUCCUCUUUAACUAUGAUGUGGCGAGCAAGAUCGGCGGCUACGUGGAGGAAGCCACUGCUCUAACUAUCCUGCAGUUCGAUCAGGUCGUGGCUGAUGACACAAAUGCAGGAGUGUUCCUGGACCACUUGGCUCGCAACCGGAGUGUGAAGAAACUGUGCGUAAACGAGCACCUAGUCGUCGCGCGCCAGGGUCAGGCUCUCGCAGACGCCGUCCGAAACCACGUGACCCUGCAAGAAAUUGAGGUGAACAAGACGCUGAAGUUGCUCGAGGUGACUAUCACAGAAGAGCACCCGCAGGAAGGAGUCUUCAUACUCUUCGAUCUGAUUUGUACGAUCAACGCUUUCUCUCGUCUCUACAUCAACUGGACCAAUCCUCGAGCGUCGGACUUCUUCGAUAGCAUCCUGGGGGCCGUAACGCCCUCCGUAUCUCUGAACCUGGAUGGACGCGAAGCUUCAGACGUGGCCGAGUGCUUGACAGUCAUUGCCAGAAAUCGCCACCUCCACACGGUCUCGCUUGAAUGCGAAACGCCUGCAGAACAAGCCGUGGUACAAGCGCUGGCCGACACUUUCGCCACGACCAAGUCCCUCAAGAAAGCAUUUAGUCAUGAACGUCAGCUUGCGCGAUGACGACGUGGUCAAGCUGUUUGGCGUCCUGGAAAGCAAUCGCACCAUCUCUGCCCUCGAGAUCCAUUGCAUCACCUUCUGGAGGAGGACCUCCAAAGCGCUGGGGCGAUUGGUCGAGAACAAUCGACUGUUAGUCCUUCUCACCAUCACCGUCAAUAAGAACGACACCGAAGUCGACAGCACGCUACAGGCUCGCUACAUCUGCCGCGAACUCAAGGAGGCCAUCGUUCGGAACCGCUUUCUCAUAGGCUUAACUGUGGAGCUGGGGAUUUCUAAGCCCUCCAACGAACCCGCAAUCAAGAAUGCUCUAGGCCGUAACAUGAUACUCGUCAACGAGGCCACUCGGUUCGUCGCUGGCUCCAUGCACAAGACUGACGCUUUGGCUUUCGAGACCCUGCAGCACUGCGAGUCGGUGCGAAUGAACAUAAACUACAACAGACACAGCGAGUCGGCGGCCAGCAAGAUCGCCGAGGCGCGCGAGAGGCUCGCUUUAAACUACUUCGUGCUCACGGGCGUCGUUAAAGCCAAGAUUGUGUGCCACCGCAACCGCAAGACAAAAAAGAAGAAGACUUUGUUCGACAAUAUCGGCAGGCACAUGCAGGCGCGCAUCUGCUCCUACCUCAGUUUGACCGACGUCCUGGACGCGUGAGGGACCACAGUUUUCUUUGGACACCCAACCCUCCAUCUUCUGACAAUGACGAUAUCAUACGUCAUCCCACACACAAUAUCAAAGCACGUGAAAACUUCAAUGACAAAGAACUUUUAAAACAUGUUUUA